AUGGUGCAAUAUCGCGAAUCCAACAUUAAGACAUACCCGGCCCCUGCCAACGACUAUUGGAAGCUUAGCCAUCCAACUGGCAGUCGAGAAGACCAUAAGCGACGUCUCGCAAAAGAUGGCCUUUACACCUUGCCCAGCAGCGAUACCAAGAGGCUACUGGUCUUGAUCGAGCGUCAAACACUCGGCUUUUCGACUCAUCGAAUCAAGAGGUUCGCUACGAAUCGCAAACUCGAUACCUCACAGAUUCCCAAGAAGCCAGAGUCGAUCAACCGAUCCGCCCUCAUUGCGCUCCUCGAGCAGGCAGAUAAGAGUAUUACCUUCAGCAAGAUACUCAACCUUCUGCCGGUGCUACGAUUGCGUGUCUCCGAACAUCACUACGACUCCUUCGGAUGCCGCUGCCUUGGUACACCAGUUCCACCACCUAUCACUCAGGUCUGCAGCCUCAUCCGCCAGGAAGUACUGCCGCUCUUUUUCUCCGCCAAAAGGUUCUUGUUCCGUGCCCAAACCAGCCCUCGAAUGGAGCGUACCGUGGCUCCAGCGAGUGCCAUUGCUCUGGCAGGAGUUGAGCUGGGUGGCGAGACUGAAACGUUUCUGAGGAGCAUGCCGGACGAGUGGUGGAGCAUGUUACAUCGUGUGCGCAUCUGCCUAACUGGGUCCAUUGCUUCACGAAUCGAUAUCAACAUCGGGAAGAACGAGUCUCCUAACACUUUCGAUUUCGACGCGCGCGUAUCCGAGCACUUCGCAAGGAAAGGACCAUAUCAGGAAAGCGUCGCCAAGCUCGAGAGAAGAUUCGGAGAAAUAAUGGCGGAACUUGAUUCCAAGGAGAUAGGACAAACGUUUGGCAAGGAGGAGACUCUACGCUUCAUGAGAACGCUUCAGGAGAGUAUUGAAGCAGGUGGAAAAGCUCAAGUAGCGUAG